UCUGUUGACAACAUACCUGACCUCCUGUAGAAAGUGGUACUUUUUAUUCCGUCCCUGAAAGAGCUGCGACGGGCUGACAACAUGAAGCCCAAAUCUCUUCCAUCAACGUUGUUUGACAGAAAUCCAGCAUCAGGUGAGACUCUGAAUGUACGAGCAGGAAAAUACCAGCGGCAUGUGGACUGUGUGGAUCACUCCGGCCACAGUGACAGCCAGGCGGUGGACGACGACAGCAGGAAAACUGAGAAGAGCCACAGGGAGGUUCAUUUUGCUUUUCUGCCCGAGAGGUAUGAGCCGCUGGUGGAUGAGGAGGAGAGAGUGAAGGCAAAGGAGGAGAAGAAGAAAAGGAAGAAAGAAAAGUACAAGAAAGUAAAGAAGAAUGUUGGCAAGGCACUUCGCUGCACCUGGAAGUGUCUAAUGCUUGGUCUCUACAAUUUCGCCCUCGGCUACUCGACUCCGAUCACGGUGGCUGCUACCUUUGUCCCUGACUUUCACCCAGGCAGAAACACGUCCUGAGCCGUGCACCUCCUCCAGUUUCUCUGCAAACUACACUGUACAUACCCGUAAACCCACAGACACUGACCAAAGACUUCUAGUAUGUUUGUAAUGUUUGUUUGUUUGAAAUUACAUUUUUAUAUCUGAUUCCACCUAAGUGUUAAAGCUAUGCCCUUUUCACAGUAGACCUUUUAUACAGUUAUUACAUUAAUGAUUUCUAAUCAGCUGGCCCAACUGUCAUUAAUGUGAUUAAUUACACAUGCUGACAUGUUGUUGAUUUGACUAAUCCUAACGUCAUUUGAUCAUAUGGCCCCCUUUUUAACUAGAUAUAAAAUGAAAGACAGAGUGUGUAAAAUUUCUCUUUGCAUAAUACACCCAUUGCUUUCUUUAUGUACUCCAUACACCUAAAUCACGUAUCACUUGUGCAUGUAUUAAGCCCUAAGAAGACGUGCCUUUUUUCACUCGAAGAACGUUUUUUUUAUCAAGUUGGUGUUUGCAUGUGGGACACCGUGGGAAUGUGGUACCUGCAGCAGGACAGGAAUGACAGGAAUGUUUACUGUAGCUGCAGACAAAAUGAGACGGGGAAGGAGUCAGGAAAGACUUAACAGGGUCAUCAGUGAAGCAUAUGAGUAAUUCAAGGCUGAAAGGAUGUGGACAGGCACAGUAAGUGAGAAACCAGGCUACCCUCCUCCUCUCAGAGCGGAGCAACUGGACCACUGAUCUCAAGAGUGUUACUUCACUCUUAAACAGAUAGAUGGAUGAAAGACUACUAAAGACUGAAGGUGGUGAUGGUCAGGAGGCUUUGGUUAAGUUUAGAAGGAUUCUCAGAUCAAAACAUAUUGGUGUGACUUUUGAAGCUAGUCACAAACAUUUCAGUGUUUCUGAAUGUGUGUCUUUUUGUUCACUUUUAAAGGUUUUGCAAGUCAUGACGUGUAAAUAGACAUUUAAUAAAAUGUUAAUAAAUUGUG